CCCUUUUUUUGUUUACGCUUUAUUUUUUUCUUUCUGUAUAUACAACAAGAUGAAUGUGGAUAGACUUAAUGACUUGAACCGUGGUCAAGAAGGUCAAGGGGAAAACAAUAAUGGUAAUAAUGGACGGUACGAGAUGCGACCUUUACUUGCAGCACCUACAGAUGCAACAUCUAUGGAUGGAUUCCUUAACAAUAUUUCACAACUUCAAGAACUUAUUCGCACCAUCAAUGAUAAUGUGCAACGGGUACAGACACAUCAGGCAGCCAUGUUACAAACAGCAGAUGCACAAGAACUAGCACGACACCGGGGUCAAGUGGAGUCAUUGACACAGGAAACACAGACAUUGAUGGGACGAGUGAAGAAACAACUCAAGGAUAUUGAACCGACCUCACGCCAUUCGGAUUUGGCCAUUCGUAAGAAUCAAUUUGCUGCUGUGACCAAACAGUUCAUGGAUUGUAUCGAACGACACCGUACAACGGCCCUUGACUUCCAACGCGACGAAGCCAAGCAGAUGGAACGUCAAAUCCGUAUUGCUAAUCCCAAUGCUACAGCCCAUGAAAUCGAACAAGCCAUUGCUCAAGCAGAAGAAGGUCGCCCUGCCGUGUUUGCUCAACAACUCUUACAAUCCGUCAGUCAGGACCAACGCCGUUAUGACGCCCAAACCACCUUGGAUGCUGUUCAGGAACGCCAUGAUGAUAUCCGUCGCCUUGCUCAAAGUGUCCAGGAACUUUCCGAUCUCUUCCAGGAAAUGCAAUUCUUAUUGGAAAAUCAAGCAAAGGUCCUUGGUGAAAUCGAAGUCAAUUCAUAUGAUGUCGUUAACAAUUUGGAACAAGGGGAGAAACAUGUAAGCAAUGCCAUCCAGUCUGCAAAGGCUACUCGUAGGAAGAAAUGGAUUUGUUUUGGUAUCUUUAUCACUAUCAUCAUCAUCAUCGUCAUUGUUUUGGCCGUCAAGUUCGCUCCUUCUGGUGGUGGUGGUGGAAAUCAACAACAACAACCUCAACAAACUCAACAUUAAUCAAAUUUUUUUUUUCACUCUAGUUUUUAGAUCUUUAUAUAUUUAUAUCAUACCUUUUUUUUUUUGUUUUGUUU